CCAAUAUCUAAUGUGAAACGUGAGGCGGUUCACGUCCGCACCGAGGAAAAGAUGGUAGCCACAGUGAGCCGGGAUGGAGGUUUACAAGGAGUGGAGAUUCUUGGAGUAGUAUCGCUGUCGGUAUCUUCUCCCGAGUACAAUACGGUCUCUGUUCAGAUGCAUAAUAAAGCCCCGGCAGGAGUCCAGUUGCAGGUUCAUCCAAAUCUUGACAAAAAGGAAUGGCAGGCUUCUCACAUGCUCAAGUUGAAGUCAGCUGGAAAACCGUUCCCGGUCAAUAACGACGUCGGUGUGCUCAAAUGGAAAAUGGUGCUCACUGAAGAAGAACAGCUCCCUCUUGCACUGAACUGCUGGCCUCAAGAAUCUGCUGAUGGAUGUCAAGUGAACAUCGAGUAUACGUUACAAAGAGAAGAUCUUUCAUUGGAAAAUGUUGUCAUCACAGUUCCACUGCCUGCUGCUACGGUUCCUGUAGUCUCUGAAUGCGAGGGCUCCUACGAUUAUCAGAAAAGCCGUAAUCAGCUUGUUUGGACAAUGCCAGUUAUUGACAGCACUAAUUCGACUGGGACCUUGGAGUUCAGUGUGCCCAAUGGUCACGCAGACCACUUCUUCCCGGUACAUGUCCGUUUCCACACCGAAAAACUGUACUGCGAUAUUGGGGUGGAAGGAGUUCAAACGAAUGACGGCAAUACUGCCGUACCAUUUUCUGUCGAGACUCGCUUGGUGACUGAAAAGUACGAGGUAGUAUGA